AUGGCUGUCUUAUUCCUCCUCCUUCUGUGCCUACAUGGGCUCCCCCAGGCUGCUGCAGACAACAUCCAGGCCAUCUAUGUGGCACUGGGGGAGGCAAUGGAGCUGCCAUGUCCUUCACCACCCACCCUGCAUGGAGACGAAUUCCUGUCCUGGUUCCGCAGUCCGGCAACAGGCUUGUCCACUGCUUUAGUGGCCCACGUCCAAGUAGCCAGGCCAGCCCCAGACCCUGGGAAGCCCGGAAGGGAAUCCAGGCUCAAACUCCUGGGAAACAACUCUUUGUGGCUGGAAGGGUUCAAGGAGGGAGACGCUGGGCGGUACUGGUGCGCCGUGCUGGGUCAGCACCACAAGUACCAGAACUGGAGGGUGUAUGAUGUCUCCGUGCUCAGAGGAUCCCAGUUCUCUGCGAGGGCUGCAGAUGGAUCUCCCUGCUCUAUCCUGCUGUGCUCUGUGGUCCCCGCCAGACGCCUGGACUCUGUGACCUGGCUGGAGGGGAGGGGUCCUGUGAGGGGGCGUGUGCAGUCCUUCUGGGGUGAUGGGGCUGCCAUGCUCUUGGUGUGUCCUGCGGAAGGGCUUCCUGAGCCCAGGGGACGUAGACCAAGAAACAUUCGCUGCCUCAUGCCUCAGAACAAAGGGAUCAGCUUUAGGCUGGCAGCCUCCAUGGAUGCCUCCCCUGCGCUCUGUGCCCCUUCCACAGAGUGGGGUGCACCCUGGAUCCUGAUGCUGUUGCUCACAGUGGGCCAGGGCUUCACCAUCGUGGUCCUCAGCGUCAUGCUCUGGAGGCGGAGGGUCCAGGGGACUAAGCACAGAAAUGCCUCGUUUCCUCAGUUCAAACCCGAGAUCCAGGUCUAUGAGAACAUCCAUUUGGCCCAUCUCAGACCACCUGCCCCUAAGACCAGGUGA